CGUCCCCGCUCCCCCCCCCCCCCCCGUCCCCUCGCUCCCCUCAGGGCCGGGUCGGCCGGGCCGAGCGGGGCCUCGGAGCCGUCCCCGGGCCCUGCAUGGGCCGCCCGGCGCCAUGUUCGUGCAGGAGGAGAAGAUCUUCGCCGGCAAGGUGCUGAGGCUCCGCGUCUGCACCAUGGAGGGCGCCGAGUGGCUGGAGGAGGUCCCCGAGGACACCACGGUGGAGAAGCUGAAGGAGCGCUGCCUCAAGCACUGUGUACCUGGCAGCUUGGAGGAUCCCAAAACUGUGACACAUCACAAGUUGAUACACGCGACUUCUGAGAAGGUGCUGACAGACACAAAAACAGUGUUGGAGGAAAACAUUCAAGAUAGAGAUGUCUUGCUCUUAAUCAAGAAGCGUGCACCACCUCCGCUCCCCAAAAUGGCAGAUGUGUCAGCAGAGGAGAAAAGGAAACAAGAGCAGAAAGCUCCUGAUAAGGAUGCUAUUCUCAAAGCAACUGCAAAUCUGCCCUCUCGCAAUGUAGAUCGCACUGUGGCCCAUCACAACAUGAGGGAUUUCCAGACAGAGCUCCGGAAGAUCUUAGUUUCUCUCAUUGAAGUUGCACAGAAAUUGCUAGCACUGAAUCCUGAUGCGGUUGAACUAUUUAAGAAGGCAAAUGCCAUGCUGGAUGAGGAUGAGGAAGACAGAGUGGAUGAGAUAGCUCUGCGGCAGCUUACAGAAAUGGGGUUUCCAGAGAGCAGAGCUGUCAAAGCCCUUCGAUUAAAUCAUAUGUCGGUGACGCAGGCCAUGGAGUGGUUGAUAGAACAUGCGGAUGACCCUGCAGUAGAUGCUCCGCUUCCAGGCCAGACUCCAUCCGAAGCCCCAGCCGAAGCUGGUGCAUCCUCUGCUGAAGCAACUGCAGGUCCUAGUUCAGAAGCAGCUGGGGAAGAGGCCAAGGAUGAGCUGACAGAAAUAUUCAAGAAGAUCCGGAGGAAAAGAGAGUUUCGUCCAGACCCACGAGCUGUCAUUGCCCUGAUGGAGAUGGGAUUUGAUGAAAAAGAAGUGGUGGAUGCACUCAGAGUAAACAACAACCAGCAAAAUGCAGCCUGUGAAUGGCUGCUAGGAGACAGAAAGCCUUCUCCAGAGGACCUAGAUAAGGGAAUCGACACCAAUAGCCCUCUCUUCCAAGCCAUCUUAGAAAAUCCAGUGGUACAGUUAGGGUUAACCAACCCAAAAACUCUACUAGCCUUCGAGGAUAUGCUUGAAAACCCCCUGAACAGCACUCAGUGGAUGAAUGAUCCCGAAACGGGGCCUGUCAUGCUACAGAUCUCCCGAAUCUUCCAGACACUGAAUCGCACGUAGAGGGGGAUGCCAGUCCACUGUGCCACUUCCUACUGUCCCUCGUGUCACCUUCUCCUCACGGGGGGGUGCAUGGGUUGUUGGGAGGGGUGGGGGGUGGAAGGGGCAGGAGGGAGCAGAUUCUGGCCGAGGGGGUGUCUCGCACGGGGUAUGUAGUUAACGGCCAACUGCAGUUAAUUGCCUUGUGGAUUUAGUGUUAGUGGAAGAGGUUUGAAGACUUGUUUAUGUUUUUCAGGUAUUAGGCUAAAAAUAAAGUAUAUCAAAAAUAGGAAAAGGUUUUGUGAAAACAAUUAAGGAUCUGUUGGAAAGAAAUACGAUAUUGCUUGUCAAAAAGGCCUGUGACAGUAGUUUUCUAGCCAGUUUUACUAGCGUCUGGCUAAUGUUUACAAAAGGUCACUGACCACUAGCAUAGGAUAUUAAUCAUCUCCAUGCAGUAUUAAUUUAUGGCUAUAUCAAAUUAUAAAAUGCUUUUUAAAAUUGAUUCUUAGGAAACGUUUUUUAAAAGUCCAAAUAUUGGGAGAGCAAGCACAUUUCUAUCCAAACUUGUCUGUCUUGCAUUAUAAUUUAAACAGAGUAAUUCACAGAUGGAAUUCUUUUAAUAAAUAGCAUUACUUUUUCCUAUUUAUUUUCUGCGUUAGUGUCGUUCCAGUCCCGCAGCAGUUACACUUGCAGGAGGUUCUCUGCCAGCUACGUUAAAGAUGCAGUAUCUCUUUCGCAACAGAACUUACUCCACCGACCCUUGGAUUCUCAAGUAGGCUGCAGUUCAUCAGUUUACACUAUGCCAUAUCGUAGUGCAAAGAGGAUAUCUUCACCUUGAUUUUUUUCCAUUUCUGUGUGCACGGUUUUGGAAGGGGGGACUUUGACUUUGUUUCAAACGGUUUGCAAAAAAAGCUACUAAUUUGCAUGGUUUUUCAGUGAAUGGUGAUCUGCAAAGACGCAGAAACACUUAGGCUUUUAUCUUGUUUACCGUAUUUAAAAGCACGCUUAAAAUUAUCUACUUUGAGAUAGAAGUGUUUCUUCUUGACCCUUUCACCUUGGAAAUACCAAGAAAGUCAGGCUGUGUCUUCCCUAGUUUUGUCAGAAGAUUGACUUAAGGUUUCAGACAGUGGUUGUGGGCUUAUUAAGGAAAGAACUCACCGGUGAAUUGCCAGCUAGUCGUCAUGAUUGGGCCAUGCAGGUGUUUAUUUUUUUUUAUACAGGCUGAACAAAAAUGUUUGUUUUCAAGUUAGUGAAACCUGGUUGAUGUCUGUCAUAAUCCCUGCUGUGUCUUGCAUUGGAAAGGCAGGACAGGCGAGACCUGCUUCUCCAAAGUGCAGUUUAAUCAGAAGGAGACCUUAUCCUUAAAUAGCACAGAGGUGUCUGUCAAAUAGAGAGAUCCUAAAUAACUCUGCUAGUCACCCUUUAUUUUACAGCUGUUUUUGUGCAGUUAUUUUUUUUUUUUAAACAAAAAUGUAACAAGAUGCAACUCGAAACCUUUAUAACAAGUUUUGGCCUGAACUUGGCAUCUAAUCUGUGCUAUUAUGCAGUCAAGGCACUGAAGUUGCCAAUUUCACAUAAUUAGUAUGAAGGGUGGGGAAACCAAAACAGCAUGAGAUUUUAUCUCAACUUACUAUCCCAGGAUUUUUUAAUUUGUUAUCUGUAAAUUCAUAUUAAGCUUUACAGUUCAUGACAGCUGAAAUACUUUUACAUUUAGAAAUUCUAAGAUUUAGAGAUGUUUGUUCAAAUUGGACAGUAAAAAUGUUUUUCUGGAUUCUUCUAAGAACAGAUUUGACAGCAUGAUGUUAAGUUGUAACUUUGUCUUGCAGUACUAAAAGCAAGGAACCGGAUUCUGCAACCCAGUAAGUUCAGCACAAAUACUUGUGGCUAGUUGUGACUGAAGGUUGUAGCAUUAUGAAAGAUGAGAUUUUUAAAAGACAAAGCUGGGAAAAGACUAUCCUGUAGUUUGGGUGGGUUUUGGCUUCUGAAUGAGUAAGUAGAGGUUCAGAAUUACUGAAUAGAUACUUGGGAAGCUGUCUCUCGCUCUUGGAAGAGCGUAAAGGCUUGUUAAAAGACCAUUUCUAUGCUGCUUUUGGUUUCAGUAAUACGUGAUCAGACUCUAGAGUGGCUGCAGAGCUUCCAGACAGACCAGGUGAGAAUCACCUGUCAGCUUUAAGUCCUUCCAAACCCUUGGCCUCUGGUUUGCUAGCAAAGCCUGGGUGAGUGGCCACGUGGCAGGAGCACACAACCCACAUUGCCUGCACUGGCACGGGAGGAGCUGCCCCUGGGACUGUCUGUUGGCUCUGACGUGGCAAUGUGGAGGAUGAAUUUGAACCAGCUGUCUAAUUUUUAGGUGGAUGAAACUGAACAUGUUCCUGAUUUGCUGUCUGACCUCCUUCAGAGGAGCAGAGUGGCCACUUCUAAGGGUGGGAGUUCUCUGCUUGUGCAUUUCUGCAGAGUGGUGCUGCCAGGAGCUGCUGCUGAGCGGGUUCUUUCACCCUCAGUUUGGUAGAGGUGAUAAAGGCCAUCAGAGCUGCCUCCCUUGGUAUGUCAGAACAGGAUCAGUGCCACUGACCAUCGUAUAAGGAAAAAAGCAUGAGUAAAAUGAGGCGCACACACGUAAGAGACAAAAGUAAGGAUACCCAGCUUCAACAUGACCUAAUGUUGUAGCAACAGUUAGAAACUGUACAGAUAAAGGAAUACUGCAUCUUUAAAAUGCUCGAAGGCUUGAGAAUGUGGUUGUUCCUGGCUUUUCUCAUUUCAGAGCUUGGCAAUUACCCAGCUGAAGUGUUGGUGAGUGUGUUCUUCUAAUCUGCCAAACCAGCUUGUUGCUUGGUAUGGCUGCUUGUCUCGUGAGAACUUUAGCUCCCACCGGGCAGUCUCUGAAAGAGGCCAAAACUUACGAGGUGUGGUGUGUUCACAGCAAGGCAUAAGAGUUGAUCUAGAAAAAACUACCCUUUAGGUUAAACAAACCCUCUGAGGAAUUGAUCAAGGCAUCAGUGUUGUGCUAUGGGUAUGAAUUGGUAGUGGGCUUAGGGAGCUGUGUGUCCUUGCAACACGUGGGUGUAUUCAUGCUGCUUCAUCAGUUAAAGGUGGGUUGAGGGAAGCUAAGUGCAUUGUGCUUGCAAAAGUAUCGACUGUAGCAAUUUUUACAAAACCUGCAAAAUACUGAAGGGUCACUGCUAUUUAGUCAGUGUGCACAGGCAGGUCUCCAGGCACAGUGUAUGUCACAGGAGUGCUGCCAGGGGUGCAAACUGUCCUGUUCUGAGGCUGAAGGCUAGAGGACUGGUGGAUCUGGUCUGCAAACCAGUGAGAGGUCCCUAAGCAAUUUGGAAAUCAAGUUUUUGUUAAAAAUAAAUAUUAAAACUCAUUUUGUGAGGAAUAAGGAUUUACAGGUUCAGGUCCUGUGCUUGUCUUUCUGGUGUUCAAGUUAAAACUAGCAAAGACAUGUCGUGCUUAAGUGUCUUACAACAUGGUCAAGGGAAUAUUUGGAAGCCUGUGAAAUCAAGGAGAAGUAAGGAAUCAUGGAAGUGGGGUGCCAGGAGGCUCUUACAGUGCAGUGUCUGUUUCUUAUAGUUUUAGCUCUUUGCCCCAUACAUUAAUAAAGACAAUCUUCUGCCUUUUGAUAUUACAUGACUCUUGAAAGCUAGCUAUUUAUUUAAAUGUAUGUAAUUUAUAAUUUUGUCAUCAAAACACUGAUAUUUUUAAUAGAAAUGUACUAUAUGGAAGUUUGUUCUCAGGGCUUCAUGUUUAUACUCUGUAGGGGGAUGCAUUUAAAAGGAUGUAUUUGGAAAAAAUGCCAGUGGCCACUUUGCAGCUUGGACCUUGGUUGGUCUUGACCUGUGAGACCAAGCUAGCGUAACGCUCCUGAUAAACCUCUUGUGUUAGGUACAGUCCAAAGAAUCUGCCAUUCUUUUCUCUCCACGCGAGCAGUGGCACGAGUCUUCCUUUAAGGUUGCUGCAUCAUCACAUGGAGGUGGUCACACAAGAUUACCCAGCCCCUUCACAGUUCGCUGAUCUUUACACCGUUUCAAGGACGCUUCUGUUCUCCAUGCAGCUGGAAAAUUAACUUGCACUGUUUCAAAAGCAGUCAGUGCACUUCUGCUCUUCUGGGGAAGUGUGAGGUUUGUUCCUGCAAGAACUCUGAAACCUGCAGCUAAUUGCUGCUGCUCGGCUGCUCGCAGCCGUUGUCACAGAUGUGUCCCAGAACCUUGACCCCCAUUUCGUUCCUCGCUGUCCUGGAACCAAGCUUGUCUUUUGGAGAUUGAUCUUCAUAUCCAAGAAAUGCUUAAGUGGUUAUUGAAAUCCUUUUUAGUUGGGACUGUUUUUUUUCCACGUAAUGAUUCACGGGCUGAGGAUCUUUAAUGUAUUUUGAAAGUCGUUUAAAUAAGCAUUGCACCAAAUGAAUGUAUUGUGACACUGUCAGCAAAUGUUGCCUGUAGAAGAGAGAGGAGAGGUUCCCAGGGAUCUCAACUUCAGCAGUAAUUUUCCUAAAGUAUUGUGCGCAGGAUAGUGAGUGUUUCAUCCAAGGUAAUAGCUCAUUUUUCUACUUGUAAUAAGUAGCAUUUUUAUUAACUGGCAGAAGAGCAGCACUUGCAGCUGGGUAUUUCCAUUCAAUUGUAACUUGUUAUGCUUUGAGGCAUAAGCAAGCCACUGACUGUCCUCUCUGGGGCCGGUUAUUUUUCUGAAGCAUUUGUCUUGGCCCUCGUCAGAGUUAGGCCAGUUGGUGAGCCAAGCAUGGGUUGCAACCCCAAUGUUCCUGCAGAGGAAAAAGCAAGCAGUGUACUUUAUGUCUCCAUGAAUGUGUUGUCGUGGUGGUUGUGCUCAUCUUCAUCCAAACAUCUGGGUAUAACUGCAAAAUUUUUUUAAGGACCUCUUGCCCUAGAUUUAAAGAUCUUCAAUGCAGAUCCUGUUUGCAGCAUGUGAACUUCAAUAAAUGUAUUAAAUUCUUUCUGAAUUUGGAUAUAGUUUUGUAUCAUGCUCUGGGGAGAGGGAAGAAAUCGGAUCAUGUUUUAAACAAAGCCCCACAAAACAGUGUCUUUGUUACAGCAGGUAACAGGGGCCUGUAGAGAUUUUUAAUUUGCAUAUUUUUAUCAUAGUUAAUGAACUGUACAAGAAUGAUUUGCUAUCCAGCACUUACCACAAGGUAGCACCGGUAAAAUUAUAUUGCAAGGUACUGACGUAACGUUUUUCAUUUCACCUGUGUAUAAAACAAUUAGGUACAGCAUACGAUAAUUUUUAUAUGGAGCUGACACUGAUGUGUGGCAUGCACAGCUGUUUCUAAGAUGUAAUGUUACUUUUAUGAAGCUUAACUAGGGCGGACAUCACUGAGCCUGUGAAUUCAGCAUUCAUUCUGGACACGUUCGCGUGGGUCGAUGACUUCUCCCUGGCUGGGGAGACCAGCAGGCUUUGCUUUGAUACAGGAGCCCUCCAGGCAGCAAGUAAGAAGUGCUACCGAUUUGUUAUCCUUCUAAACAGUCACUGUUGUCUACUGAAACAUGCCCCUAGAAGUUAUUGAGGUCGUUAGCAAAGCCAGACCCAUUCAGAUUGGAACUGUUACGUACCUUUAGCAUGUGGAGAAAGCACACCCACAAGCGAGACUAGAAUGAAUGCUGAGUCCUUAAGCCUGCUCACACAUACACACUAAAGACACUGAUGUUGUAUGCUGUAAAUUUAUAAUAUAUCUUAAAAAUAAAGUUUUUUUGAUUUA